AUGCCGGGGGAAUGCAGCAGCAGCGUCCUCCUGAUCUGGAUCCUUAUCGGCGUCAACGUGUUGGAGGUGUCGGGGUCCCAGCCAGGGAUUCCUCUAUCAGAGCUGUGGGCAAUCACGGCACCACGUCCAGGGACAAACUCCAGUUCUGAGACCAGUACUCCCAUCAAAGUCAGCAGCAGGAUAAAUCCUAAAACCACUGCUGCUUGUCUAUGGGAGGAAAGCCAAGGGCCCAGAGGUCCACGCAAAUAUGGGGAGAGUGUUCAGACUGCGAUUAAAAGACGCCUCCAGGCUCCAAACUUAGGAGCGUCCUGCACUGAGAAAUAUAAAGAAUUUGAAAAGUCAGUCAAAGUGGAAGAAAUUGAUGGAGUGAAACUGGUCAAAAACCUCGCUGUGAAGAUGGAGGAAGUGUUCAGGAAAAAGGCAGAGGCCACAAGGCGGCUGGUCGAGGCAGCAGAAGAAGCGCACCAUGAGCACGAGGAAAACCCCGACCUGCAGAAGGCCUUCAGCAAGCUGCAGUGGUGUAAGAGUCAGUGGGGCGUCUCAGAGCUGCAGUGUCCCCUGGCCUGCUCUACACCCGUCAGAGAGCCGCUCAGGCGUGGUAUGAGCUGUCAGCGGCUGCUUGAUGGUGAUGCCCACGCGGCCUCCCCCGAGUGCGAUGCUUACGAGUAUUACAACGCCGUGCUGAUCAAUGAAGUGGAUGAAGUAGGAAAUAACGUGGAGCUGGGAGGAGAGUUCCUCCUGGAGCCAAACGAUCAUUUCAAUAACCUGUCAGUCAACUUGAGUCUCAGUGUGGUGCAGGUUCCAACCAACAUGUACAACAAAGAUCCUGACAUAGUGAACGGAGUGUACUGGUCAGAGGCUCUAAAUAAAGUUUUUGUUGAUAAUUUUGAAAGAGACCCAACCCUCAUUUGGCAGUACUUUGGGAGCGCCAAGGGUUUCUUCAGGCAGUAUCCUGGAGUGAAGUGGCAUCCGGAUGAACACGGCGUUAUUGGCUUUGACUGUAGAAACAGGAAGUGGUACAUUCAGGCAGCUACGUCUCCUAAGGAUGUAGUGAUCUUAGUCGAUGUCAGUGGAAGCAUGAAAGGACUCAGACUGACCAUCGCCCGACAGACCGUCUCCUCCAUAUUAGACACACUGGGAGACGACGACUUCUUCAACAUCAUUGCUUACAAUCAGGAGAUCCACUAUGUGGAGCCUUGUUUGAACGGCACGCUGGUCCGAGCCGACAGAACCAAUAAAGAUCAUUUCCGGGAACAUCUGGACAAGCUCUUUGCCAAAGGGAUCGGGCUGCUGGGUGACGCUUUGGCCGAAGCAUUCACAAUCCUGAAUGAUUUUAAUCAGACUGGACAUGGCAGUGUGUGCAGCCAGGCCAUAAUGCUGGUGACCGAUGGGGCCACUGAAAUGUAUGAUGACGUUUUUGAGAAGUACAACUGGCCAGAAAGAAAGGUGCGGAUAUUCCCAUACCUGAUCGGACGAGAGUCUGCGUUUGCUGAUAACCUCAAAUGGAUGGCUUGUGCCAACAAAGGGUAUUUCAGUCAGAUCUCCACGUUAGCAGACGUUCAGGAGAAUGUGAUGAGGUAUCUUCACGUGAUGAGCCGCCCGAAGGUUAUCGACCAUGAACACGACACGGUGUGGACUGAAGCUUACGUGGACAGUGCUCUUUCCCAGGCUCAUAAGUUGAAUGACAAAUCAGGCCCAAGUCUGAUGACAACAGUUGCCAUGCCUGUGUUCAGCACAAAGAAUGAGACGAAGAAUCAGGGUAUUCUGUUGGGGGUAGUAGGAACAGACAUCCCUCUGCAGGAGCUGAUGAAGCUCAUUCCCAAACAUAUGUUAGGAAUCCAUGGGUAUGCAUUCGCGAUCACAAACAACGGCUACAUCCUGACGCACCCUGACCUCAGACCUUUGUAUCAGGAGGGUCAGAAGAGGAGGAAGCCAAAUUACAGCAGCGUGGAUCUGUCUGAGGUGGAGUGGGAAGACAAAGAUGAUAUUCUCCGUAACGCCAUGGUGAACAGGAGGACGGGGGCUUUCUCCAUGGAGGUGAAGAAGACGGUGGAUCGAGGGAGGCGUGUCCUGAAGAUGCACAAUGACUAUUACUACACAGACAUUAAAGGAACUCCAUUCAGCGUGGGGGUUGCUCUCUCGAGAGGUCAUGGAAAAUACUUCUUCAGAGGAAACGUGUCAGUUGAAGCUGGGCUCCGUGAUCUGGAACAGCCAGAUGUCGCCCUGGCAGAUGAAUGGACCUACUGCAACACAGAGGAGCAGCACGAGCACCGACACCUGACCCAGAUUCAGGCCAUCAAGCUCUUCAUGACGGGCAAAAGACCUCACCUCAAGUGUGACAGAGAGCUGAUCCAGGAGGUGUUGUUCGAUGCUGUGGUAACAGCUCCACUGGAGGCCUACUGGACCGGACUGGCCCUCAACAAGUCAGAGAACUCAGACAAAGGAGUGGAGAUCACCUUCCUGGGAACCCGCACCGGCCUGUCGAGAACAAACCUAUUUGUGCCAGCUGAUCAGCUCUCCAAUCAAGAUUUCCUGACAGCUGAGGACAAGGAGGGUGUGUUUAACGCUGAUCACUUCCCUCUGUGGUACAAGAGAGCGGCGGAACAGGUCCCCGGCACGUUCGUCUACUCCAUCCCCUUCAGCACAGCUUUAGAAAAUAAGAGUGUUGUUCUGGCCAGCACAGCAAUUCAGCUCCUUGAUGACAGGAAGUCUCCAAUCGUUGCAGCUGUGGGGAUCCAGAUGAAGCUCGAGUUCUUUCAGAGAAAGUUCUGGACAGCCUGCAGACAGUGUACAGCUUUGGACGGAAAAUGCAGCAUCAGCUGUGAUAACGAGGACAUUAACUGUUAUCUUAUUGACAACAACGGCUUCAUUCUGGUCACAGAGGAGCAGUCUCAGACAGGGCUCUUCUUUGGAGAGGUGGAGGGUGCUGUGAUGAACAAACUUCUCCAGAUGGGCUCUUUCAAAAGGAUCACGCUGUACGAUUAUCAGGCCCUGUGCAGAGAGUACGCCGGGAGCAGCGACAGUGCACGCACUUUAUCAGACCCCUUUUCUGUUGUGAAGUGGCUCCUGACGAAACUUGUCAUAUUCCUGCUGGAGUUUAAUCUGUACAGCUGGUGGAAUGUCGAUCUCUCAGUGAAAGCUCAGAGACCUCGGGGUAAAACCAUGAUGGUGCCGUGUGAUACAGUAUACCCUGCGUUUGUCUCUGAACGCACCAUCAAAGAAACGACAGGCAACAUUGACUGUGACGGCUGUAUCAGAUCUUUUGUUAUACAGCAGAUCCCCAGCAGUAACCUCUUCAUGGUGGUUGUGGAUAAUAAAUGCGACUGUAGCAGUGCUCCUCCAGUAACCAUGGACCCCAUCGAGAUUAUGUACAACGAGUCACUCAAGUGUGACAGACUGAAGUUUCAGAAGGACAGAAAAAAACCUGAGUCGUGUCAUCCUUUCCACCCUGAGGAAAAUGCCAUGGAGUGUGGUUCAGCAACACGCCUCUCCAGUGGUCUUACAGCGGCUCUGCUGCCCCUGAUAGCAGCGACCAUCAGCAGGUGACCACAACCAGCAGGACUGGA